AAUUAGUGUUGAACAACGCCGGCGAUAUACAUGUGUUAACCGCGCCGGUUUCUAUUUGCAAAAAAAUCGCGAAUCAAUUUAUUGUGAACCGUCGUUGGAGAAUGUCGCUGCAAUUCCAAAACGACUGCGGGGACUCCGUGAAGCAGGCGAUCAUCGAAGAGCUUCAAAACCUCCUCAGCUCAGACACGGGUGUCCUGCACCAGGCAGAGAAGCGGACACGGCAGCUGGAGUACACGGAAGGCUAUGGCGUCUAUCUGUCCGAGAUCAUAAUGAACCAGUCGCACGAGUUGCCACUCCGCCAGAUUGCAAUCGUAAUGCUCACCCGCUAUGUGGAGAACCACUGGUCGGAUGACCAAGACUCCGCUGCCAGCGAGCAGGCGAAACGAACCAUCCGCAACAUUUUGCCCAAUGGACUCUACGAUCCCAAUUCCAAAAUCCGAUCCUCGGUGGCGCACACAAUUUCCACCAUUGCAGCCACGGAUUACCCACAUGGUUGGUCAGAGCUGUUUGAUAUAAUCGUUAAAUGCCUUGGCGGCAACGAAGAUUCCAUACACGGAGCUAUGCAAGUCCUACAGGAUUUCACCUACGAUGUGAAGCAGAUUAAGGAACUGGGACCCGUGGUUAUACCCGAGGUCUACCGCAUUUUCGACUCCGAGCAGAAUUACUCUAUUAAAACGCGUGUGUCGGCCAUCCGCAUUCUGAAGCCACUGUUCGCUUCCAUUGCCACACUUAUAUCCAACAAGGAGGAGCAGAGCACCAUGGUGAGCUCAAUUUUGAACAACUUUAUGGACAAGCUUAUGCAUUACUUGAGCAUGAACAGCGGCGCCGGUUCAAGUUUCCUCCUCCGUUCGGAGAUUAUCAAGGUGUUUACCCAUUUGGUCAACGAGAUGCCCAAGUACAUCCACCCCUUUAUGGACCGCAUUUUGCCCAUUGUGUGGCAGCUGCUUACCCAGAUCGCCGAGACGUACGUGAAGGUGUCGGUAAACCAGACUGAGACAAACCCCCUCGCCAGCGGAGACAUCGAGGAGGAAGAUGAGCAGACCAAUUUUCAAACACUGAUCGUUCAAAUCUUGGAGUUCAUCAACUGCAUUCUGACUUGCAACAAGUUGCGCGGCAGCAUCAAGAAUGUGCUGGCUGAUCUUAUCUAUAUCACCAUCGUGUACAUUCAGUUAAGCGAGGAGCAGCUGGAGGAUUGGCAGGAUGAUCCGGAGAAAUUCGUGGACGAUGAAGAAGACAACGGCGUAGAGCUCACGGUGCGAAUGUGCGGUCGUGACGUUUUACUGGCCAUAAACGAUGAAUUUGGAGCCAAGGCCAUUCAGCCACUGCAGGAAGCUUUGGGCAGACACUUCAGCGUGGCCGAAGCGGAGAAGGCAGCCAACAAUCCGAACUGGUGGAAGAUCCAAGAGGCCUGCAUGGAUGCCGUACACAGUUUUCGCGACAUUAUCCUCGAAGGCGAUUCGUCGUUUGACUUGCUGAACUACUUGACCUUAGUUCGGAAUCUGCUAGUCCACCAGGAAUCGCCUCCUUUAGUUGGUCGCGCUCUUUGGACACUAAGCACCUACUCCAAGUCGGACCUCUACAAUCCACAAAUGUUGGCCGAGAUCCUUGAUGUCACACUGUGCAGUUUGUCGCCGGACAAAUCGCACAUCUUGAGGAUUAGUGCUGUGCGCACUCUGAAUGGAUUUUUGCAGGCAAACGAAACGAUUGAGGGAGAAAAGCGCACUUUGUUGGUGUCCAAGCUGCCCGGAUUCCUAGAUGGAAUCAUGGCUUUGGUGCCGGGCUGCAAGGCCGGCGUUUUAGCGUUGCUAAUGGAGGCCCUGACCAUUAUGGUUAAAUUCGAUGCUGAGUUUGCGUAUGCUGGCCAGGCCAAGAUCACACCGCUGGCCAUUGCUGUGUUCCUCAAAUACACCGAAGAUCCAUUCGUUCUGGAAACGGUACAGGAUCUAAUCAAGGCACUGUGUCAGCAAAAGGAGUGUCUUGGACCUCUGCAGGAGAAGUUCAUUCCCACAAUUGUGAGCAUACUUGGACUGACAGGAACGGCUUCCACGGAGAAGCAGGACAUUGCCCUUGACGUUCUCAACGCAAUUGUGCGCUACACCGAAGCGCCACUAAGCACUUCCUUGCUGGAGACUGCCUUUCCGGCUGUCAUUAACUGUGUCCUGCACACUGACGACCACGCUGUCAUGGUUGCCGGCGGCGAGUGUCUGCGCAGCUUCAUUAACGUCUCGCCGGAGCAGAUUUGUAGCUACAAAAACGGCGAAGGCCUCAACUGCAUAAUGCAGGUGGUGGCCACUGUUCUGCUCAACCCGAUGAAUAGCGAAAUGACGGCCGGUGGUCAAAUUGGACGCCUUGUAAUCACCAUUAUAACCAAAAUGGGCAACAUGCUGGGCCAAAAUGUGGACAUGCUACUAAAGGCUGUAAUUAGCAAGAUGCAGAACCUCGAGUGCCUGAAAGUUAUUAUGAAUCUUGUUGUGAUCUUUGCUCAUCUGUUUCUGACACAAAUGGACGCCGUGCUUAAUUUUUUGUCUACCGUUCCCGGACCCAAUGGGGAGCCAGCGAUGCAGUUUGUGCUUACAAAUUGGCUCUCGCGACAGAACUCAUUUUUCGGCACUUAUGAGCGAAAGGUCACCACCAUGGCUCUAUGCAAGCUGUUUGAAUAUGGAGUGGCCACGCAGGACAACCGAUUGACUACAAUAAGCUUCAAGGAGUUGGUAGACGACCCUACCGAUACGCGUAGACGUACUCGCUCCGUUGCUGCUUCAACCCAGAAGUGGGUGACCAUUCCUGCGCUCGUCAAGAUCUUUAAGGUAUUGGUUUCCGAAUACCAGCACUUCCAAGAGGGCAAGAUAGACGAACCGCUUACGGACAGUGAAGAAGACGGCGAUGAUGACGAUGCGCCCGGAAAUCCGGACCACCCGCGCUACAUCUCUGAUCUAAUCGAUUCGGACGAGGAUAGUGCCGAGGACGAACAACUGCUGCAGGAGCUACUCAAAGAGACGAACUACCAGGGUGACAUUGCCGACAAUCUUCAGAAGUUCCUAACCACCUUUACGCAGAACGAGCACUUCCCAACUUUCUAUGAACACCUCACCGAGGCCGAACGACUCAUCCUGCUCACCAAAGUGCAGCAAAAGUAGUCGCAGCAGCUGGAAAUUGGAUUAAUUUUGUGAAUGUUUUACGUGAAAUUGUGUUAAUUGUAUUUAUAUAUUGUUGCUAACCCUUGGAUUGAAUAAAUAUUUCUAUAUAUUUUCUAAAUAAGAAA